GCAAAAAAAAGGGAUCCCAAUCUCUCUGUGAAAAGUGUGGGUAUUCAGUGAUUUUCGGUUUAUUAUAGUUUACCAAUGUCAUCCAUUUGAAUAAGAUGUCUGGUGUUGUGUUUAUCAUUUGUGUUCCCACUGAAACUUUUGAGAGAUCUGUACAAACACAGUUGAGAAAAAAAGUUACGAUAAAUGAACACCCUAGAGUAAUCCAACGACAGUAUUCAAAUUAUGAAUAUCUCAACGUUGAAAAUGAUUUUGAAAACGAGAACUCAUGGGGCUGCAAAACAACGAACGGGAAAGAUUUCAAAAUCAAGGAAAAUCUGUCAAUGGAAAAAGUUCUACAAAUUGUUCUAUCCGAAUUGAACAUCACAAACUCGACGUGGUGUAAGAGGGAUCAAGACAAUUAUUUACAAGUAAUAUUUUCAGUGGAGUCGAGUGAUAGAUGCGAAGAAAUUUUGGAGAUUCUCAAAGAAAAUGAGAUCGGUCAAAAAUGGAAUUCGAUCGUCAGUGUUAUCCCAUGUACAAUUCAGUAUCACGGUAAUGAAGGUUCCAAGCUCAUGGAAGACCAUACAGAAGACGACCACACUCAUAAGAAUACCGGGUGGCAUCAAUUUAUCACCUCUGUUAGAGCGAGACUCACAGUAGCCCAAGUAGUAGAAAAUGUCAAAUCACAUGCAGCAUUAACUUUCGAUUUCGUGUUUCUGAUACUGAUUUCAACAACGAUGUGUGCUAUCGGAUUAGUCGAAAAUAGUAAUGUAUAUCUUUUAUCAAGUAUGGUCAUGUGCCCAAUGAUGGGUCCCGUGAUGGCUGGCACUUUCGGAUCCGUCAUCAGGCAUAAAACGUUGACGAAAAUCGGGAUUCGCAACGAGUUAAUCGGAAUGGCAAUAGCAACACUCGUAGGUUUCUGUUGCGGUUCCAUGAUAUGCACCUUCACAGACAAAUACGGCAACCAAACUUGGCCCACCUACGAAAUGAUAUCUAGGGGCGAACUUCGAUCUUUAUGGGUAGGAUGUUUGAUAGCUUUAUUAUCAGGAGCUGUUGUCGCCCUAGGAAUUUUGAGCGAUAAUAUCGCUUCAUUAGUAGGGGUGGCUAUUUCUACCUCAAUUACCCCACCAGCAGUAAAUGCAGGAUUGUUCUGGUCCAUGGCGUCGGUAUAUUACCUGAAAGGAGAUCGUAUGGACCUACGAAAUCUUACACUCUACAACUAUUAUUCGAAGAAUCCCAUUGCCGAACUGCUCGCCUUAGGUGCCAUUAAUAUUUGUUUGACAUUUGCGAAUAUCAUCUGUAUUUAUGCUGCUGCCAUCCUAAUUUUCAAGGUCAAAGAAGUGGCUCAUGUUCCGUCCAAAGACUACCACCGCAGAAACUUCUGGAAACACGACAUCAAAAUAGCAAGAGACUAUAACAAGACGCUCCAGCACGGAGAAGGCGAUUGCUUGAUAUCGAAAUGGACUCAGGAGUUGGCGGCCUAUCAAAGACGCAAUUACGGCGAUCAGUUAUUCCAUUCGACCGAUCUGUCAAACAAGCCAUCGAAAGUGACGAAAAAGAACACCGGUUACACUUGGUCGCCCAGCAUGAAUUCCAACGAGGAGUUCAAGAAACUCCGCGGGCUCUACGAGAGACUGCUCAAAGAGCCAACUUCGACGUACGGUUCCACUCAUAGUACUACCAGCAGUACCAGUUCCAGUACCGUUCGAAAUGAACGCCAUCGGCGCUUAUCCCAAAUAUUCGUGCAAGAAGAGGACCAGUUGAACACGAUCGACGAGACUUCGUCCAAGAGUUUCAACGGUUCCGGAUUGAGCAACGAAUCUGGGAAGAGGAAGGCGAGCAAGCAGUUGUUUUGCGGAAAGAAAAAAUUCACAGUCACGCCAUGUAAAAUUGAUACUUUGAAGCCGUAAUAAUUGUAUGUUCAGAUUUUAGUUAUUUUUAAUAAAAACAUUAUUUUAUGAA